AUGACAAUGAUGACUCAGACUGUUCCAGUGUCCCAGGAAGUGAGAUGCCAGGUCAGCAGUGGUGGUUCUUCUGGGACUGGGACUACUUCGAAUUUAAGAGAUUCCAUUCCAAAGCUGUUUGCAUCUUUCAAGUCUCAGAAUCAUGUCCUUUCCUUUGUUGUUAUACUCAUGGCUGUAAUCAUCCUUCUCAUGCAGAUACACAUUAUGGUGUUGCUGCUAAGACCACAAACUGUCCAAGUAGUUUCCAACACAAGUUGGAUGAGCAACAUCAACACACGCAUAGACAUGAGGGGCGGAACAGUCAAUUUACUAAACAAACAGAUCGACCGUCUAAAAGAGGAGACAAUAAUCGUUGAAACAUUGCUACAAAAAAUGAGACAUGAACAAGAUAUGUGUACCCAACCUAUAAUCCCCAUCCAAAGUCCCUGCACCAGAGAAAGGAAUUACACUAAAAAGAGGGGUUCAUUAAAUCCUGAAAUGCCAUUGGAAUGGAAAAUAUGA